AUUAAUUUUCAGAACAAACUAUUAAUAUAAAUACUAUUUUAAUAAGCCGUAUCUGAAUAAAAAAAUAUGAAGAUGAUAUCAAGUUUGAUAUUUGUAAUAUUGACGUUCUUCAUAUCAGUCACUUCAGCAUCGUCUCUGAGAAAUGUGUUUCCAGCAGUUGCUCUCCCAGCUGAUGAGUUCUGUCCGUUGAGUUGCAAAGGAUCUUGUUAUUAUCAAAUUAAACGCAUUGUGCCAUAUGAAUGGUCUGGCGCCAAUGACGAAUGUGAAAAACUACAAGAAAAUGGCCAUCUUGCCAAUAUUUACAAUUAUGAAUGUUACACGGAAAUUCGGGCACACCUGGUUCAAGUUCGCAGCAGAGGCGAAAUUUUGAUUGGAAUGAAAUUUUUCAAGGCAGCAAACAAUCCAAGCAACAAAAUCAAUCUCUUCAGGAGUAAAAAACAAAUUACUGUUCCUAAGUGGUACCGACGAAGACCCAACCGAAUUGGACAAACAGAAAUGACUUUGCUCGUCGGUCAAAACACGAAAUUUAGUGGGAUGAGAAACGUCCUCGACGAAUCAAAACACACACAAAUUUUGUGCGAAAUACAAAAGAAAUAGGAAUAAUAUUGAUGCUGUUGUGCAGCCGUGUUGUCGAAAAUAUCAAAUUAACGAGCAUUCUGCAGUUAAUUUAAAUCGACCAUCUCCUGCAUAUCGAAUCUAUUGCAUUGUUCACUUUUUUUUUUGGUUUUAUGUAAAAUAGUACUGUGCCCAACAUAUUUAAUGGCUUGAUUCAUAGGUUAUCCCAGUGCCGUCCGUGUUAAAUAAAAAAUACUUUUGAGAAGUGUUAUUACUUUCGGGAAUAACACAUUCUAUUGAUCUAAAAUAUGAAAGUAUUUUUGACCGCUUUUUAUAAAGCGUUUCACUCAUUUUUUCCAUUAGCUUUGAAGGUAACGAAAUCUGUUUUGUUUCGAUAUGGUUCAAGCAAUAGCACCCCGUAUGAUGCUUUAUUUAUUUCAUUAUCACAGUAAGAUAACUUAUAAUUUAAAAACAUUUUUUUCCUAUGUUAUUCAUCAAGUAAACGAGAGUGACAACAUUGUAUAAAUAUAUAGUUAAAGUUUUGAUUACAUCACUUAACUAACAUGCUUAUUUUUCGGAUAUUUAUUUAUCGUUUUUGAAAAUUAUUGCUGUCACGACUGAAGCAAGUUGUUCCCUGUCAUACAUUUGUGUGUGUAUAUUCAUAUUAUUUAUUGUUAUGUGCAUUAUAAUGUAAUUCAUUUAACACAUGCUAUUUUGCUAUAUGCGAACUAUAUAAUCUUCAAUAAAUUCUAGCCUAGAACUUUUAAAUAAAGAAAUACUAAAUUAAAAAAAAA